AUGGCGUGUGAUAUAAGCAAUAGUGCACACUUUAAAGGAAUAUCAAUACCUAGUCAAGGAAAAUAUGAGGAAGUGCGUAUUGCACAACUUGCAGAUGACACUGUACUGUUUGUUGGAAAUGAAAAGAGUAUUGAGAAUGGUCUAAAUAUUGUUGAUUUAAUUGGUGUACUAACAGAUGGAGAAUGGACAUGGUGGUCAGCCUGGUCAAUUUGUUCGGCCAGUUGCCUUGGUGGAGUACAGGCUAGAGAGCGUUCAUGUACAAAUCCUAGGCCACGCUUUGGAGGGAAAGACUGUCCAGCUUCAGAUCCUUAUACACAGUGGCAGAAAUGCAAUACUGGGCCCUGUGCUGUGCAUGGUGGCUGGGGAAGCUGGACAUCUUGGUUUGCAUGUACCGUCACCUGUGGAGGUGGGAAGCAAACAAAGACACGAAUAUGUAAUCAACCCCUACCCCAAUAUGGUGGCCGAUACUGUACAGGAAAAGGCACUGUGGCUACCAAAUGCAAUACCCAGUGGUGUCCGUUGUUUGGUGCUCCAGAGGUGAUGACCUAUGAGCCUACAGAUGCUACAAUUACUGUCACAUGGUCUGUCCCUAUAGAGUAUGAGCCACCCAUCCUCUACUAUCAGAUACAUUACAGGCAGAAGCCAUUAGUCGAUUCAAGCCAAAUACACAAGGACAUCUUGUACCCAAAAGAAAUUGGUUACCCUUACAAUAUUUAUAAUCUGAGUAAUUUUCAAAUGAUGCCGACCAAAGAUGGUGAUGCCACAAGCCUGGUUGUAACUUUACUCAGAGCAUUUACCUACUACCACAUCUGUAUGACAUCGAAGUACACAUAUGAAGCAAAGACAAGUGGACACUCAAAAGUGGUAUCAGUCAGGACAAAGAAACAUGCUUAUCCUGCUCCUCCUGUACCUGUUACCAUUAAACUGGCAGACUACAAGAUUGAGCGUGAAUACAAAGUGCUUAUUCGCUGGACAACGAGCACGCUUCCAGAGUACAGUGCCCCCACUGGUUACCAAGUUUUUAUAAAAGAAGUUACAGCAAAUUUGUUUGAUCCAUGGGUACUCUUGGUAGAUGUUCCAAAGGAAAUAACAGGGUAUUUGUUAAGAGACAGCAAAGAGUUUAUGGUUAGAAAAAAGAUGUACAAUGUCAAAGUAGUUGCCAUGAACCUUCAGGGAAGCAGUGAACCUGCAUAUUCAGAUGAAAUUAUAGACUAUCAAAUUGCAGAAGGGAGUGUAAUGACACUAUAAUAUCAAACAGGAGAGUCAUCCUAAGUAAAUUUGUAUAUUCUGUACUAAAGAAUAUGAGUAGACACUAGAAACAAAUUUACAUGGGACAAAUACUGCAGUGUAACAUUUCGAUUCGUGUGUAUCUAGUGUCAUAGUUUGUAGAAUAGAAAUAGGCAGCAUAAUUAUAAAUACUAUUGAAUUACUUGUGUUUAACUGUUUAAGUACACACUUUGGUUUCUAAAGUGGUGCUGGUUUCCAUUCAACAUUAAUUCGAAAUUGUUUUUUUUUUUUAAUUAUCAAUUGGCACAGGCCGUGAAAACACAUGUUAUAAAAGUCUUGCUUUUAAAAAAGAUGUACUGUAUUUUAAUAUCAUUCGUAAUAAGUAUUAGUAUCAUUAAUAAUAAUAAUAUGUCGGUCUUAGAUAGCGCUUCAUGCCUAAUGCCUCUAAGCGCUGCACAUUAUUACCCAGGUCAUUGGAAACACGUAUUUUCUUUCAUGGUGGUGAGUGUGCACAGAGAUAAGAACAAGAACAUACUCAGCUCCCUGGGGAAAAUUCCAUAUUAUUAGUAAUCAGCGCAGUUGUGUUCGAACCUAUCAUUAACAGAAUGUAUUCUCAAAAAGUAUGAUAUUCUUGUCUCGGUGCACACUCACCACAAUUAAAUAACAGGAAAUGUCAACAGAAUAUUUCUAUUUCAAGCCAAACACUCAGGGUCAAAGGCUGAGGCAAGCUUGCCUGUGCAGUACUUGUAUUUUGUUGUCAAGUGCAAAACUGGAAUUUUCAUUUGCAUGAAAAAAAAAAGUAAUCAUUUUUUGUAAGGUUGCAAAACCUCAAAGUUCUGUCCACAAAAUAAGUGAUUUGUCACAAUUAUAUGCCUGUGAUUUGACAUUAUCACACCCCUUUUCCUGGAUAGUAUUCUCUGAUAAUAGCACCUUCAGAAAAAAGGGAAAAAAACAACAAUGCUGGUUCUUAGCAAAAGAAGCGGCGUGGAGCAGCGGGAAUGGUUUGGUUUCCCAACCUCAAUAUCGGGGUUUCAUCCCUCGUGCAUUUCGCUUGUCUCCCUGAGCAAGGCACUUUAUCUCUCUCCACUCAGGAGUCUAAAUGGGUACCUGGUGGCGCUGCCUGCUCCUGCGCUGAUUACCAGCAAUGGACCAGGAAAAGAAUUGCUAUGGAAGGCAAUCGCCGCCAAAAAUACAGUUACAAACGAACAACCUACUCGCAAAAACGUACAACCCCUUCACCUUCUAACAAAUGAACUACCGGUACCUAUUUAAGGCGCAAAUAUAUAGUAUUCUGAUUCUCCUUGUCCUUCCUACCUGCCGCACACCCUAUUUCAUUUUGCCUGCAUAACAGUAACACAGCCCCGAAAUUGUUAUCCAUCGGUGUUUAAGGACAACAUUUCUUAAAAUAACGAGCUUCUCAUAUUGAGAGGCAAGUAUUAUAGAGGGGGCUAUGUUCAAGAAGAAAAUUACAUUCAGUCUUAAGAUGUGAGAUUCUUUUCUGAGAGUGCUGUGCGCAUCCAUUUCUGAGACUACGUUGUUCGUUUCUGUGAGUGUCUUUUAUUGUCUGUUUUUGCUAAUACUUUGUACGUUUCUGUGAAAGUCUAACGUUUUCCUUUACAGAGUGGGCGUUGUAGGUUUCUGCGAGUAGGUUGUUCGUUUCUGCGAGUAGGUAGUUCAUUUCUGAGAGCAGGUUGUACGUUUCUGCGAGUAGAUUGUACGUUUUGCGAGUAGGUUGUUCGUUUGUAACUGUAUUUUUGGCGGCGAUUGCCUUCCAUAAAUUGCCUUUACUGUAUAAGAAGGGAAGGGCGCAUUAUAAAUUCCCGUCAUGGCCAAUCAAUUUUAAAAAAAGAACAAGGAAUGUAGCCACUUUCAAUACAUAUGAAUACAGCCUUGAAACUUAAAAUGUUAAAUAAAAUUAUUCCUCUACACAAAACAAUUAUUUCAAUAUUAUCUUUAAUUUCAUAACAUUUUGUUUUCUUAAACUUGACAUCUUGACAUCCUAUCUUUGAGAACAUGAUGAACGUAAAAUGUCACAUCUACAUUUAAUCUAAGCUGUAAAAAAUAAAAUCCCAGAAAUAUACAGGUACGAGGUAAACAAUCGUUAAUAUAUAAACAACGAGAAAGGUAAAAUUAUAUCACUUUACAUCAUAGGAGGGUUCAUUUCUUAAUUCUAAAGAGUUGUAUAUAUAAUAUACUUUAAUCAUUAUAUUUCAUGCACCACAUCAGUUUUCCUACCAUCUAUGACAUCCUAUGGCUCAAAGCUUAAAAAUCUAUAUCUGUGAUCCAUCAUCAUCAUCAUCCUGAUAAUGAUGAUGAUGAUGAUAAUAAUGAAGGUGACGAUGAUCAUAAUGACGGUGAAGAUGAUAAGGGUGGUGAUGAUGAUGAUAGUGGUAAAGGUGGUGAUGAUGGUGUUGGUAGUGGUGAUGGUGAUGGCAAUUAAGUUGUCUCCCUUUAAGUGUCUUCGGUAUGCUAUUUGUAUAUUACUUUAUUUUUUUUAAUCCAUUAAUGUGGUGUUAUUACAAUGCAUUCCAUUAAAAUUCGUUAUUGCACUAUUCUAUUGCUAUUAUUCAAUAAAAUAUAUGCAUUAAUAAUACAAUA